AAACAACGCUUUUCGGGAGCGCUCCCGCAGUAUUUACAAGUUACGGGUGGCCAGAGGAGGCUUCCCUGGCCUGGGCCUGCCGCGCGCAGGCGUGAUGGCGGGUCAUUUCCGGCCUCCGGUCCGGGGACCGGAAGCUGCGGGCGGGAGUGCUGGCGGCUUCCGGGACGCUCCGCGGGGGAAGCCUUUCGCGCGCCCCGACCGGGCGAGUCCUGCGGCGGCGUCGCUGGGGCUGGUGAGGUGUCGGCCAUGGCGCUGCCCCCGCGACUGUGGCGCCUCCUCCCGCUGCGGCGCGGCGCGGCGCGGAGCGUGUGCCAGCCGGCGAGGACCUGGGGCAGCCGUGGGCAGCGUGGCGCCCGGGGAUCCCGCGGCUCCGAGGUGAUAGGAAACAUACGACCUUUCAAGAGAGGCCUUUUGUUCUCAGCCUUGUCGUAUUUGGGUUUUGAAACCUAUCAAGUCAUUUCUCAGGCUGCUAUGGUUCAUGCCACAGCCAAAGUUGAAGAAAUACUUGAGCAAGCGGACUACCUGUAUGAAAGUGGAGAAACAGAGAAGCUUUAUCAUCUGCUUACACAGUAUAAGGAAAGUGAAGAUGCAGAGCUCCUCUGGCGGUUGGCACGAGCAUCACGUGACAUAGCACAGCUUAGUAAGACUUCAGAAGAGGAAAGAAAAGUUUUGGUGUAUGAAGCCCUAGAGUAUGCAAAAAGAGCACUAGAGAAAAAUGAGUCAAGCUUUGCUGCUCACAAGUGGUGUGCAAUCUGCAUUAGUGAUGUUGGAGAUUAUGAAGGAAUCAAGGCUAAGAUUGCAAAUGCCUACAUUAUCAAGGAACAUUUUGAGAAAGCAAUUGAGCUGAACCCUAAAGAUGCUACUUCAAUUCACCUUAUGGGUAUUUGGUGCUAUACAUUUGCUGAAAUGCCUUGGUAUCAAAGAAGAAUUGCUAAAGUGCUGUUUGCAAAUCCUCCUAGUUCCACUUAUGAGGAGGCCUUGAGAUACUUUCACAGGGCAGAACAAGUGGAUCCAAACUUCUACAGCAAGAACUUGCUGCUUUUAGGAAAGACAUACUUGAAGCUAAACAACAAAAAGCUUGCUGCUUUCUGGCUGGUAAAAGCCAAAGGUUAUCCAGCACACACAGAAGAAGAUAAACAGAUACAGACAGAAGCUGCUCAGUUGCUUACAGAAAGGAAGGACACAGAUUUCAGGAUGAAAGGAAACUGACGUGUUUACCAGGCAGGGUGCUCUCACUUGGAUCUGCUGUGCCGCCAUUGUAAAGUUAUACUCUGCAACAACUGCAGCUUGGAUGCCACUGACACUGAACAAAUGUGAGGCCGUCUAUGGGCAUGUUUUCCCCAAAGGACAUAACAACUGUCAUGUUUCAAUAGGUUCCAGCAAAAUGUGUAGGUAUGUGCUAUUCCUGUUUUGCCAUGUAAACUUUCAAACAGACACUGGAAGUACAUCCGGGCCUUGGACUUUAGGUAUUUAUGUUUGCUCUAUUGUACUUAUAUGUGUAUAUUUAUUCACAUGUAAUGUAUUUUUAAACCUCUGAAAUUCACAAAUUAUCAUCCUCUUAAGUAUCUCAGCUGCUUCUCAGAAUAAGUAUGUCUUCCAGAGCCAAUGCAAAUACUUCACCACACCUGUCAUAUCACCUCAGAGCAAACAUACUCACGUUUCCUUCACUGCCCAAAAGACCUGCUUUUUGAGGCCAGAAUUUGAUUUACAGCACAGUUGGUUUUAAUACAGAAAAUUUCUCCCUAUCUCUUACAACACGGACUUUUUGGAGAGGUUAACCCGACUGUUAUUUUCAACUCUCCUUCAUUCCAGAUAAGCUUCUGAGAAUUAUGUUCCAUCUUGUCCUCUGGGACUCCAGUUAAUUCAGUCUUCUUUGGCUUUCAUAUUCAUGACUUUGAUAUCAACUACUGUCUCAUUUUCUAAGUUCAUUUCCACUUUCAGUACUUCGUUUUGCUUUUAGGUGAGUUGAUUAGUUAAAAGCAUGAUAAUUGAGGGGCAUUUUUUGUCUUUUUCUUCAUUUUUCCCCUCCUGACCUUUGUCAACAGGCACUUCAUAUCUUCAUUGUCUAAUUAUGAACUUGAGUUACUUUUCAUAUGCAGUUUAUCUAAUUUAUAUUAAUAUUUUAUGCUAAAGAAUUUUAAUUGUUUACAUUAAGAUCCAGGUCCUUGUACUUCUCGAGUAAGGGCUUUACCACAUGUAUAUCCCAGGUGCUCCUGUGGAUUUAUUCUUUAGUAUGGCUUUUUCAUAUAAUUUCUCUUAUCAGCACAAAUUCCUCAAAUUAUUUCCUAGCACUCACAAUGAUUUCUGUAAAGUAAUUUUUGUGAAAUUACUUUAUAGAAUGUGAGGUAUUUUUUCAGCAAUAAAGACUUUUAUGGAUUGGGAGGAUCUACCUUCUGAUGCUCUAUAGACCUUUGUUUUAAAAUAAUGAAGAUUCACAAGAAAUUACAUUAUGUAGUACAAGGAGGUUCUGAAUACCCGUCUUCCUAUUUGCCCUUGGGUGACACGCAACUGUGGUAUAAUACCAAACCAAGAAAUAUACUAGUAUGAUCUAUAGACCUUAAUUCAGAUUUUAUGACUUUUAUUAUACAGAUUUUUAUAACUACCACCACAGGGAAGACAGAUUUAUCUCAGAGACCUAGUGCUCUUUAGUCAUACCCAGACACUUUCAGUCCCUCAUAUUCCUGCCAUACCCUAUAACUAAUAUGUUAUAUAUUUGUUAUUUCAAGACUCUAUAUAAUCUUAUAGAAUAUGACCUUUUGAGAUUGUGCCUUUUCAGUUAGUCAGAUCCUCCAACAACUAAGUUUAAUCAAUAGUUUUUCCCUUUAGUGUUAAUAUUUUAUUAUGUGAAUAUACCACUUUAUCCAUCUGUUGAAUUUUUUCUAAUUUGUGGCUAUUAAAAGUAAAGGCAUUUUACAUUCA